UAGAGACAGAGUGCCGGGCACCGGUGCCCUUAAAAGGGGAUGAAGAGGGUGAUGCCCCGGUCCCGUUAACUAUAAAAGAUCAACGAAGAUUAACUAAGUUGAUACAGGAAAAGAGGCGUUAUUCUCAUCUAGGACUUUAGGAGAGCGGCAAGAUGGCGGAAACAGGAUGCCACUUCAGCGUGCUGCCUCAUCAAAUCCGUGUGAAUGUCCGUGUUGACAAUGUCUUGCAAAGUUGCAGCUCUCGCUGUUUGAAAACAGUGCUCGUCGAGAAGGGCCAACUAUUGUGUGUAAUUUCUGCGUCCCCAUGAUUCAUUCACCGAAAUGUCCGUCAGGCACAUAGAUUUCAUAAAGAUUAAACCAUCAAAGUGUCUGAUGGUUGAAAUACAACCCCUUCGAUGUUACAUUCCAACAUCAGGUGGAGUUACAAAAACAGCAAAAUGGAUGUCCUAUGAACAUUGGAAGGAGUUGCAUUUAUUACUUCGUGACGUAAUAACAUCGUAUGAAGAAUCAGAGCGAAUUGGGUCUUCCUUACAAGCUGACUGUCAUGAAACUAAAAUGAAGGAUGGUCAUCUUAUUAAAAUUGGGUAUAUGUUUAUGGUCAGAAAUACUUUCAAGUGUCACCUUAUAAGGCCAAGGGAUGGUGCCACUUGGACUGAUGAUGAUGAAGAUUAUGAUGAAGAGGAGGAAGAGGAAGGUCAAAAACCAAGAGACAGAGAUUGCAGAUAUGGAGCAUUAAUACCAUGUGAGGAAAGGCUUGUAGUAAGUGUUCAACUGAAAAAGCAGCAUUCCAUUCCUAGGAAAGAUAAGACCCAUUGCCAGGCACUGGACAGUUCAUUUGUGGUAAUAAAUACUUUUCCAGAUCACAUUCCCUCAACAGAGGCAAACUUUGUGGACUCUUCAUUGUUGUUGUUACAACAUGGACAGAAUGAUCUAAAAAGGUGGAUUCAUAAAUCCCACAUGAGACCCAAACGACUGAAAUCCAGAAUUCUUGCUCAGAAUUCAGGUUUUUAUUUUCACCAGGAAGAUUCAGUAUUGGACACUGCUUCUGAUGACUCAAGUGAUCAGAGUCAGGAACUUUUGAUUAGAAGAUUUAGCCAGGAUGCAGUGCAUUUGUGUAUGAAUACAGUUAAUCAAUACCCAUCAUAUAGAAAAAAGUAUAUUCAUGAUAACAGACACACAGAAAGUGAUCAGUCUUCUGUCCAGCAGUGUAUAAAAAAUUGCAAAAAUUUGAGUUCGGACACUUUGUGUGAGAAGUGCUUUGGUUGUAAUGUUAAAGUUGAGAAAUAUUUAGAUGAUAAUGAAAUGAAGACUGUUAACUCCAGAGUGGUAGACAGUGUUGAUGGUUCAGGAAAAAGCAAGUGUAUUUCACGUCUGAAUCUUGGUGGUAAUUGUGACAUACCAAAUAAUUAUCCAUCGUGCGGAAGAGGAAGCUCUGUAGAUUGCGCUUCAGUGUCAAAUAAUAAAGAGCUGGUAAUCAAAAGUUCUUUGCAGUGUAGUCAGAGUAAUACUUUUGUAAAUGAGUCUCUGAAGGAAGAACAUUUGAUUUCAUCCCAGAAAAAUAAUAGUGACAAUGCAAAUGAGAACCGUGGUAUUGGAAUUGUGAAAAAUAAUCUUUGUGAGACGAGAGAUUCCUCCCCGACCAAUACUACUUCUGAAGUGGUAACAAGUAUUCUAGAAAGCAUAAAAAAGGAAGAUGCUUGUGAUGGAGAUAAUAACCAUGAUGAUAAUGUAAGUGCUUUUCCAAAAAGCAGUUUUCUCAAGUCAGGUAAUAGUGAUGUGGCCAAAUCCCUUCCCAAUUUAGGUUGCUUGGAGGAUUUAAAUAAAAAUGUUCUACCUCCCAUUCAAAAAAGGGCAUCUUCACAGGGUAGAAGGAAGAAGAAUUUAGAAGAAAAACGGAAAAAAAUGCAGCAGUUGUUUGGAAAUGAGGGAUCCAUCACUGAGCAAAUAGAACCUAAGGUACUAGUAAAGGAGGAGUACCCUGAAUUAAGUUCAGGAGAAUACACACCACCACUCAAGAAAUCCUUGGCUGCAGAGAAUGUUCACUCCCCUUUUCCAGAUUACACACCUAGUCCUAUUCAUAGGACACCUGGAUCUUGUGAGAGAAAUGCUUCCAAUAUGCCAAAUGAUAUAGAACACCUUGAUAAUGAUAGGUUGCAUUGUAGCGACAGUACAUUUGGUGAAAAUAAAGGGGAGAUCUAUUGUAGGAGAAGUGAGAGACUGCAAGAUAAGAUGACUAAAGUGAUUUAUGACCUUAAUCUCAUAUAUCCAAGUGAUGAGAUGAGUGACCAAGAUAUUAAACCAGAUCCGGAUUCAAAAAAGAACACUAGCAGUGAAAAUGUAAAUGACAGUUCUCAUAAAGUUGUUGGGAAUCGUAGAAGAGCUUGUAGCAAAAGAAAAAAGCCCGUUAGCAACUGCACUGAUGUGUUAAAUAACAAUAAAGAUAAUCAAGAACACAAUUGUCAAAGUGAAGAUGAAAAUAAGUUACCACAAAAAACCACAAUUGGCAAAAGACAAAAGACAGUGGCAGAUGCAAAAAAUAAACAGGAGACCAGGCCAAGAGGAAGGCCAAAAUGUGGAAUUUUGGAAUCAGAGAAAACUCGGGAAUGCAAAAGAGUUCUACGAGAGGUUAUGUUGGAAAUAGAGGAAGCACAGAAAAGAAGGCUAGAAGAUUGCCCCUUACAAGUUGCUGUUUCUGAAACUGGUUUAUUGAAUGAUAAUGAGACUUCAAAAUGGAUAAACAAAAAUAGGAAAUCUGCAGAAUGCAAGAAAGCAGUUGAAGGUAGAAAACAAGCUACUCCAAGAAACGUCCUUGUAAAAGAGAACAUUAGCAGUGAAAAUGUAAAAAUCAGUUCUCAGAAAGUUGUUGGGAAUCGUAGAAGAGCUUGCAGAAAAAAGAAUGAGCCCAUUAGCAGUUGCACUGAUGUGUUAAAUAACAAUAAUGAUAAUCAAGAACACAAUCCUCAAAGUGAAGAGAAGUUACCACAAAAAAGUACAAUUGGCAAUAUCCGAGGCAAGGCUGUGAAUAGAAGACAAAAGACAGUGGCAGGUGCAAAAACUAAACAGGAGACCAGGCAGAACAGGCCAAGAGGAAGGCCAAAAUGUGGAAUUUUUGAAUCAGAGAAAACUCGGGAAUGCAAAAGAAUUCUACGAGAGGUUAUGAUGGAAAUAGAGGAAGCACGGAAAAGAAGGCUAGAAGAUUGCCCCUUACAAGUUGCUGUUUCUGAAACUGGCUUAUUGAAUGAUAAUGAUACUUCAGAAUUGAUAAACAAAAAUAAGAAACCUGCAGAAUGUAAAAAAGUAGUUACAAGUAGAAAACCAGCUACUCCAAAAAACUGCCAUUCAAAGAAAUUAACUGACACUAUACCAAAAGAAUGCCAAGCAGAAAAAUUAGACGAGGCUACUUCAAAAGGUGGUCAGUCAAAAAAAUGCAAUAGCACUCCUCCAAAAGUCUGCCAGUCAAAGAAAUUUACCAUCUCUGCUUUAGCAAAGAAGCAGUGCCAAAAAAAUUCAAGUGGGAAUGUUAAAAGUGCAAAAGUGUUAAAGACUUUGGAGGAAAAAAGGCCUCAAGAACACAGGAAAACUACAAAGAGAAAAUCCAACAAAACACCGAGUAUUGGCAUUUGUACUGAUACAUCAACAGCAGCAACUUCUGAUUGGAAGUCUAAAGAAAAGCAGUCAAGUUUGUCAAAUGAAGGCAUGGAAAUUGGAAAUAAAGAUAAACUCGUCUCUGUACUAGACGAAAGUAUAUCAGGCCAAGAAAGCGAUCAUCCUUCUUUUAUGUGUAUUGAGGAACCUCAGAUUGAAUCUUUUGUUGCAGGUGAAAACUCCAGAAAUUUAACGACGCCCAAUCCCCAAAUGGACCACCUCAGUAAAUGCAGGUCCAUGCUUACCAAGGUGCCCCUUUCAGAGCUCUCUGAAAGGUUAGAGCAAUCCCAUGAAUACCUGAGAGGAAUCAUAAAUGAGGAAAUUUUUAAUGAAAAACAUAAGAUUUUCAAAGAGCAGGGUAAGGCUUGUGCAAGUCUGCUAAACAUAGGGGUUUAUGCCGUAUUCCAGGAAGAGCAGUCAGAGUUCAUUAUAGAUUUGAUGCGAAAGAAAUAUUUUGAAAAGCUACAUUUAGCUAUCAAGGAUAGAUGCAUGAGAUCGCGGUAUAUUAUGAAGGUUCUCGUCCCAUGUUUCUUUAUUAAAUUAACGAUGGACCUCUUAGAUGUUGAAAACGAAAAGCAAGCAGAAGAAAAACUUAUGCAGAUAUGCAGAACCUUUGCUGACUAAUGGUUUUAUUCACAUAUUUCUUUUAAUUAACAGAGCUACUGUGAAGGUUGGAUUUAAGGAGAAUUUAUUCAGAUUUAUAUUGUUUACCUAAUAAUUUGUACAUCUUUUGAUUGUAUAUUUGUGAAUAUAAGGUACUAUUUGUUUCUUAAUAUGUUCAUAUGCUAUUAUUUUAAGGAACAAGCAGGAUAAUGCUUCUGGAUAUACGUACAGUAUUAUAAGUUGAAAAUGAAUUCCCUAGAUUUUUUUUCUGUCUCUCCGUUGAACUGCAUCAGUUUAUUGUGCUACUUUUCCAAUUACUGUGAAUAACUAACCUGUGUUCUAAAGCAUGAUCUAGGUUAAUUCACUUAGCCUUGCCAAGGUCUUAAUAAUGAAUUAGAGGACCCCUGUAUUUUGGGAGGGGGGGUUGCGUACCAGGAACCCCCCCCCCCCCCCCAACACACACACACUUAAGGACAUUUACAUAAAAAUUCUAUUGAAUACUAGUAAAGUUGAAAUUGUUUAAGGAAUUUAAUAAUAUUUAGUAAGGAAACUCAAUGGUUGAAUUUAUGAGAAACAUGCUAAACUGCUAAGUAAAGUGCCCCCCCCCCCAUCUUUAUGCUGUGGUAGGUUCCAGAGCCUACCCCGGAAAUGCAAAAAUCCCCUCUAGAAAUGCUUAUAACUGCAAUGUAACUCCCAAAUACCUUGUACCCCUGAAACUAAAAUGCUUACAACUUCCUGCAGCAAGUUCACAACAGUCCAGGGAGGUAGUGUUGCCAUAUAUUUUGCUUUAUCUGAUUCAUUGUUCUGUAUUUCAUUACAAGUUUAGUUGACUAUGAUUAUCACACUUAUUAUAACAGUACACAAGAGAGUAUUUUAUCACUGUUGAUGUUUCAUCUUUAACCCUUAAACGGCGGCGUUCGCGAGUGAGCGCCUAAGCGGAAAAAAAGUUUUUUUCAAAAAAUCACAGCACGCUUAAUUUUCAAGAUUAAGAGUUCAUUUUUGGCUCCUUUUUUUUGUCAUUGCCUGAAGUUUAGUAUGCAACCAUCAGAAAUGAAAAAAUAUCAUUAUCAUUGGAAUAUAUGACAGCACGAAAAAAAAGUCAUAUAAUUGUAUACAAAUUGCGCUGUGAGCAAAACGGUUAAAGCUAAUGUUUUAAUUAUAUUUUCGUUGUAUUGUACACUAAAUUGCAAUGAUUUUGGUAUAUAACAAAUUGUAAAACAAUCAAAGCAACACAGAGAAAAUAUUAUCACAAUAUGAUGCAUGAAUUCGUAACGAGCAGACGUAAAAAAAAAAAAAGUUGUUUUCAAAAAUUCACCAUAAAUCGAAAUAUUGUGCUAGAGACUUCCUGUUUGUUGCAAAAUGAAGGUAAUUGAUUGAAUAUUAGUAGACUGUAAGUGUUGUAGCUUACAAUUGCAGUUUUCGACCAUUUCGGUUGAGUUAAAGUUGUUUAUAUGAAAAUAUUUCAAAACUGAUAAAAACUACAAGCAUGGGUUGUUUUUGUUAUAUUCUACAUGAAAUUGCGCAUAUUUUCAUAUUAAAACUUUAUGUAACGGCUAAUAUAAAAAGGUGCAACCAUUACGACAAUCAGACGAAAAAAUUUCUGAUUUUUUCGGAAGAGUUACCGUGCGGACAUAAGGAAAAACUUUUUUUCAUAAAUUCCCCAUAAAUCGAAAUAUUGUGCUAAAGACUUCCAAUUUGUUGCAAAAUUAAGGUAAAUGAUUGAAUAUUACUAGAAUGUAACAGUUUUAGCUUACAGUUGCGUUUUUUUACCAUUUCGGUCAAGUCAAAGUUGACCGAAGGUUGAAAUUUUGGCAUUUAUCGUUAUUUAUAUGAAAAUAUUUCAAAACUGAUAAAAGCUACAAUCAUGGGUUGUUUAUUGUUGUAUUCUACAUGAAAUUGUACACAUUUUCAUAUAUAAAACUUUAUGUAACGGCUAAUAUAAAACUGUGCAAACAUUACGACGAUCGAAUAAAAAAUUUCUGAUUUUUUCGGCAGUUACCGCUGGGCGUAAGGAAAGUUUUUUUUUCAAAAAUUCACCAUAAAUCGAAAUAUUGUGCUAGAGACUUCCAAUUUCUUGCAAAAUGAAGGUAAAUGAUUGAAUAUUACUAGAAUGUAAGAGUUUUAGCUUACAAUUGUGGUUUUCGACCAUUUCGGUCGAGUCAAAGUUGAGCAAAGGUUGAAAUUUUGGCACUUAUCGUUAUUUAUAUGAAAAUAUUUCAAAACUGAUAAAAGCUACAACUAUGGGUUGUUUUUUGUUGUAUUCUACAUGAAAUUGCGCACAUUUCCAUAUUUAAUACUUUAUGUAACAGCUAACAUAAAAUGGUGCAAACAUUACGACAAUCGGACAAAAAAAUGUCUAUUUUUUCGGAAGAGUUACCGUGCGGACGUAAGGAAAAAGUUUUUUUCAAAAAUUCACCAUAAAUCGAAAUAUUGUGCUAGAGACUUCCAAUUUGUUGCAAAAUAAAGGUAAAUGAUUGAAUAUUACUAGAAUGUAAGAGUUUUAGCUUACAAUUGCGUGUUUUUACCAUUUCGGUAGAGUCAAAGUUGAGCGAAGGUUGAAAUUUUGGCACUUAUCGUUAUUUAUAUGAAAAUAUUUCAAAACUGCUAAAAGCUACAACCAUGGGUUGUUUUUUGUUGUAUUCUAAAUGAAACUGCGCAUAUUUCCAUAUAUAAAAGUUUAUGUAACGGCUAACAUAAAACGGUGCAAACAUUACGACAAUCGGACAAAAAAAUUUCUGAUUUUAUCGGAAGAGUUACCGCGCGGACGUAAGGAAAAAGUUUUUUUCAAAAAUUCACCAUAAAUCGAAAUAUUGUGCUAGAGACUUCCAAUUUGUUGUAAAAUGAAGGUAAAUGAUUGAAUGUUACUAGAAUAUAAGAGUUUUAGCUUACAAUUGCGUUUUUCGACCAUUUCGGUAGAGUCAAAGUUGAGCGAAGGUUGAUAUUUUGGCACUUAUCAUUAUUUAUAUGAAAAUAUUUCAAAACUGAUAAAAGCUACAAUCAUGGGUUGUGUUUUGUUGUAUUCUACAUGAAAUUGCACACAUUUUCAUAUAUAAAACUUUAUGUAACGGUAACAUAAAAUGGUGCAAAAAUUAUGUCAAAGUGACGAAAUCAUUUCUGAGAUGUGUCGCUGAUGCUUUUUAGUGCGAGGAGAAAGAAAUUCACGCUUGCGCGCCUGGGUAACGCUUGUAAACAAAACAACAGCUUGAUCCGUGAGCUCCCAGCAUCCCUCAAGGCGUUUGAUUGAAAAGUUUUCGCCUGGUAGGCCUAUAACUAUUUUUCCACAUUUUUUAAAAAACUAUUUUGCGUCGACGUACCAUACGUCGGUUCGGCACCCGAGAGACAAUUUUCGUCGACGUUUAAUACGUCCAAUUGGCGUUUAAGGGUUAAUCAAUAUAAAAGUAUUUAAAAUUUAUAAGUUAAAAAAUCACCUGCUAGCCAAGGAGACUUAGUCAAUAAAUCAUUUUCUUACUGAUUGUAUGACGUAGUAGUGAGUGUAAUAAUUUGUACAUAGUAUAUUGACUAGUGCUAGCUGAUAUGUACAUAUUUAUAUUGCUUUUAUUUUGUAAACUAGUUUGAUAUAUCAAUUUUUAUGCAAAUUCAAACAGAUGUUUUGAUAGACAUAGUUUGCCUGAUAUAUUAAUUUUUAUGCAAAUGUAGCCUGACUAGCAUGGACAGAUACAGGCGGUCCCCGGGUUACGACGGCUACGGCUUACGACGUUCCGAGGUUACGACGCUUUUUCUUAAAUAUUCAUUGAAAAAUCCGCCCUGGAUUACGACGCUUGUUCCGAGGUUACGACGCUGACGCUUCCGACGCUCCGAGUUAACGACACUUUUAAAAAACGUAUACUAUGAUAAGAAUCCUUUAUAGUUUAGCACAGUAUAUUAAUAAAAUAAGUUUUUGGUUAGAUUACAAGAAAAAUUUUGAGGUUAUGAUGGUUUUUGACACUUUUUAUGUCGUAUUUUUUAUUUUUUUAGUGACGCCUCAUAUGCGGAACUAGUUUCCAAGCGAAUGAAUACACUAGCUUGGGAUGCGCAAUUUAUAACAGUCCAAAAGCGCCAAUACUGAAAAAAUCAUUGCUUGUUUCCAGUAUACAUAAUUAACAAAACUAAGUUUCUGGUUAGAUUACAACGCAAAUUCCAAGGUUACGAUGGUUUUUUAUGCUUUUUAACGAUACCUCAUACGCAGAACUAGUUUCUGAGCGGAGGGCGCAUAAAUUAAUUUACGCUAUUAAACUGUAUGGUAACCAUAGUCAAGGAUAAGGAACGCAUUCUCAAACAGUAUACAUAUCCUUUAAUACAAAACAGCAAAAUAUCAUUGAAACAUUAUUUCAUUUAUACUCUACUUAGACUUGGAUAUAAAAACCAUAGUUUCUCUCUCUCUCUCUCUCUCUCUCUCUCUCUCUCUCUCUCUCUCUCUCUCUCUCUCUCUCUCUCUCUCUUUGUAUUUUCCGACGAAAAUAAUCACUAAUUAGUGUAUUUUGAUGUUUAUUUUCAUGACUAAAUACAUUUUUAUAAUACAAAAAUGAUUUACUAAUUUUCAAAUAUUAAUUUUGAUUAAUACUGUAUUAGUAAGUUUAAUAAGUUGAAAUGAUAUCACAUAAAAAUAAUAAUUCUCUCUCUCUCUCUCUCU